UCAAGUGCGUCUGGCGACGGUGAUGGCGUCGUACCGCAUGGUGAUGGUGUUCGGUGCGCCGAGCAGGUUGAGCGCCGCCAGCUGCGUGUUGAAGAGCCGCCGCACGCCCUCGCGCACACGCUGGUUCCAAAGGGAAGCGGACGCCUUGCGCACGCCGGCCCUGCUGAUGACGCCACCGAGCGACGCCAUCAGCGAGCCGUUGAACACCUCCUCCGUCGCACCAGCUGGCAAGCUGCCUGCAUAGCCAGACCAACACAGACAGCCAAAUGUGACGCGCGGGAUUCCUCAGUCGGUCUGCCGAUUCCACUCCUUCUUACCGUACACAUCGAGAUGCACGUCGUCAAUGGCCGGCAGGUCGUGGCUCGCCCACUCCUGCAGCGGCCGGCUGCCAUCUAAGAUGCCACCCGCCGACACCUUGAUGUUCACCGACAGGCACAUUUCCCCCUCGCUGCUACUACUACCGCCCCCUCGCCGCCCCCCUGUCCCUCCCCUGUGGCCAUGUGCCUCUUGAGUGCACUCAGGUACACCACAGCAUUGUUUGCCGCGUUAAGGUGCGUCCCUGUGUCCACGAAUUGGAUGGUGCGGCACUGCGGCAUGCUGUUGGCGACCGUCCUGGCCAGGCCGUCGACCACCUCUGCCGACAGCUGCCGUGGCGGGCACCGGAAAAUUGUGGCGCUGGGGAAAUAUGUGCUGUCUGCGGCGGCGUUGAGGUCGGUCAGCUCAUUCUCGUACACCACUACAUCGGCGAGAUCGGCAAACUCACGAACGAGCUUCUGCACCUGCACAGAGACGACAUUGGGGACAACGAUUGCGUUGUGAUUGGAUGAAUGUGCAGCCAUCUAUGGUGUGUUUGGUACCCGAGAGCUUUCAUCGGCCAUCCACUCGAUGAGCUCCAGCUCCAUCUCGCCCUCGCAUUCUAUCUUGAACUGCGGCUUGUCGAGGGCUUGUGGCUGCAGCACUGCCUCCGAUAGCCGUGCCAACUCACGCAACACCCCCUUGUGCUCGGCCGUGAUCUUCCCCUUGACCGCGAUGGGCAGCUCGCGGAGGGACUUGCGGCACCCCCGCUUCAAAAGGGCCUCCCGCAUGCUGGCCAGCACAUCCCGCAU